AUGCCUGGCCGAAGAAGCUCGAACGCGGCUGAGAAUGCAAACUACGCAUCUAGUUCGUCAACACAUACGUCCAAAAGUUUUGAACUCCAAGCAGCAACAAACGAGCUUCGCAAGGGCAAAAGCGAGUCAAGCGAAAGAAGGCGCAUUCAGAAUCGGAUCAACCAGCGUGCAUUCAGGGCUCGACAGAAGUCUGGCGAGGUGGUAUGCAAUCGCGGCAUCCGCGAUUGGCAUGUUCUCGGCUCAUCUCACGGAGAGCGAAAGUCUGUGCAGGCAUCACAUGAAGAUUUCGAAAGCGAACGCAUGCGCAUGUCGCAUUCCGGAUCAAACACGUUCACGGCAGCAACACCAGUAAUCUCGACGAUGAGGUCGCCAGACCUGGACACCAGCAACGUGUGGGAUGAUCUUGCAGUCCUGAUCAACAGCAAUUUCCUCGGCGCAAUUGAGGAGAACGCGAGACAAGUUGGAAUCACCACUGCUACUCUCCAUGGGGGCUCUAUGCAUGUUCUGGCUCGAGCUUCCACUCCACUCUCAACUCCGCCUUCACUCUGGCCACACGAGCUUCAAUUUCACGUGCCCCACGAUUUAAUCAUCGACGUGAUACCACAUAUGCAGCUUCGCUCUAACAUUCUUGCGGCCGUGAACGACGGAGCUCUCAACCAGUCCGAGUUCUGUGCUGCACUGCGAGCGUCUGGUUCAUUGGAGAACGUUGCAGGACAGUGGUUGCGCAACGGGAUGGUCGUGUGGAACAGUGUACCCACCCAGGCGUCCAACUGGGAAAUCUCGGAUGCGGUCUGGUGCAAAUGGGGUUUCCUCUUUCGCGGGUGCCAGGACCUGAUCGAUGGAACCCACAUGUGGAGGGCCGGGCGUGGCGAUCCUGCACUACGCUGA